ACGAAUGCCAUUACGGAAGUCGGCAAAAACAGCCGUCUAGUAGUAAGCAGGGGUUGUGACUUGUUGCAAUCUUAUAAAGGACAUGGCGUUAUUCUUCAUUCCUCGCUCUCGAUUUUUCUCGGGAUGGUUGGUCUUAGCCUGUUUGUCCUGGGCGCGCUCCUCCCGUUGCUUUCUCGUGCAGCCGUCACCGAAACGACCUUUGCGGCUUCUAAUGGCGCUCCCAUAGCCCAGCCGUAUGCGUGGUCGCGGGCAGGUCCUAGUGGGCCACUGUUAUUGCAAGAUUUUGCCUCUAUCGAUCUGCUCGCCCACUUCGACCGUGAACGCAUUCCAGAGCGCGUCGUCCAUGCUAAGGGUGCAGGCGCACACGGGUACUUCGAGGUAACGCACGACAUGAGCAACGUCACGUCGAGCAAAUUUCUUUCAACCCCCGGAACGCGAGCCAAUGUCACAGUACGUUUCUCCACUGUCGGCGGCGAAGUCGGCAGCGCAGACACCGCUCGAGAUCCCCGUGGAUUUUCCACAAAGAUCCGGACCGAUGAAGGCAACUGGGAUUGGGUAUUCAAUGAUACACCUGUCUUCUUCAUCAGGGAUGGCGCUAAGUUCCCUCAUUUUAUUCACACACAAAAACGGAACCCCCAAACACAUCUGAAAGAUGCUGACAUGUUUUGGGAUUAUCUAUCUCUAAACCCCGAGUCUAUUCUCCAGGUCAUGUAUUUGUUCUCUGACCGGGGGACCCCGGACGGCUUCCACAAUAUGCAUGGAUAUUCGGGGCAUACCUAUAAGUGGACAAAGUCGGAUGGUACUUUCUAUUAUGUGAAGACAUCGAUCCUCAGGGACACCGGAUUUAAGACCCUCGACAGAGUUACUGCAGGGAAUUUGGCAGGGAGUAACCCUGAUUACGGUACACAGCUACUCUUUGAGGCGAUUGAAGCCGGUGACUAUCCCACAUACACCGUAUACAUUCAAACCAUGACCCCCGAACAAGCCGAGGGGUUCCGUUACAACAUCCUCGACCUGACCAAGGUGUGGCCGCAGGCCAUAUAUCCUUUCCAGGAAGUUGGAAAGCUAGUUCUCAACAGGAAUCCUGAGAACUAUUUCGCAGAGAUCGAACAGCUUUCCUUCGCACCGUCGAAUAUGAUCCCAUACAUUGAGCCGUCGGCAGACCCUGUUCUACAGGCACGUAUGUUCUCAUACCCAGACACAGCACGGCAUCGUCUCGGGCCAAACUUCGAACAGCUUCCAGUCAACUGCCCACUCUUUGUACCGGCGAAUUUCCAGCGGGACGGAUGGGGAACGAUCUUCAAUCAAGGCAGCAGACCUAACUACCAAAGCAGCAUACAACCCUUGACAUACCAGGAGAACCCCGGAUGGAUCUAUGGAGAGGGCUGCACGGGAGGAGAGAGUUGCGAUUAUGAACGCAGGCGAAAUCACGAGAAUUUCGUUGGUGCAGCAUAUCGUGAUCUUAGCCAAUUCACCGAACUCGAUUUGGAGCAGCCUCGGGGUCUUUGGGCAUACAUCUGGAAUGAUACGCAACGUGCUGCCACUGUUGGGAACCUAGCAGCACACAUGGCCAACAUUAAGAACGUUACGAUAGCGAACAGACAAAUUUCCAUUUUCACCGCCGUUAACAAGACACUUGGAGAUAGUGUUGCAAGUGCUCUUGGCCUUCCCCCCGUGGACCCUUUAGUGGUCAAGAAUGUCUCCGAAGCCGUAAAAUUCAGAGCCUAUAUUGGGUAUUCCGUUAAUAUGACGGCAACAGAAGGGACCUCCAGCCUCCAGGAGAUAUCAUAUGACGAUUAUUACAGAGACUGAUGGAGAUACUUUUCUGGGACUUGGAGAAAAUAUGUUUCGCGUUAUUAUAAGCGCGGAUGUUUGGAUAGUCAGGUUACAGUAUUGCUACUUACGUUUUGAAUACGGACCGAUAGGGCCGGGUACGGCAUUCUCCGACUUUUAGGGCUUUUCUUUGUUCCUUCAU